AUGGCAAGGCAGGAAGGGGACAUUGUCAUUGAGAUGGCAUCACCAAACAAACAGAUCAGCCAUACUGCUGAAAAGACUAUCACUGUUGACAGUUUGGAAAAGCAGUCGACUACGUCCAGCUUUCAGCCUGGAGUGCAUAGAGCCGAUGUCCUUCGGAAGAGCUGGACCAAGCAAGGCUUGAUCAUUGUCUUUACAGGAUUGUUUUUGUGUACAUUGGCGAUCAAUUUCGCCGAUUACUCAACUCAGGUGUACGGCCCAUACACAACAAGUGCUUUCAAACAGCACUCCGCCAUGAGCGCAGCCCGUGUGGUCGGGAACAUUGCGCGUAUCUCCGCCUAUCCCAUUAUUGCAAAGCUGGGAGACGUCUUCGGUAGAGCUGAGAUGUUCAUCUUGUCCAUCAUUACGUCUGCUCUAGGCUAUGUCAUAUAUGCAGCGUGCACAAACAUCUCACAAUACAUAGUUGCUGGUAUUUUCGACGCUAUCGGGUCCACUGGAUUUGCCCUUACACAGCAAGUGUUCGUGGCGGAUAUGACCUCGUUGGUCAAUCGCGGUAUCUGGUCCACUCUGCCUGACUCGAUCACUACAAUUCCAACCCUAUAUCUCGGUACUAUCAUUGCUCAGCGCAUCCUCGAUACUUCGACGUGGCGGUGGGGAUGGGGUAUGUGGGCCAUUGUCUUGCCUUUCGCAUCACUGCCAUUGAUCGGCACCAUGCUAUUUUACCAACGUCGAGCACCAUCAGCAGUGUGUGUAUCUGAAGCACUGGGCUGGAAAGCCAACGAUGCCUGGUGGAAAAAGUUAUAUCGAUUGUUGUGGAUUCAACUUGACCUUCCAGGUGCUGUAUUACUUGUGGCUGGAUUAUCUCUUCUUCUAAUUCCCCUCUCUUUGACGGGCGCUAAUAACAGCGAUGCGUGGAGCAAUGGAUCGUUUAUUGCCAUGUUGGUCCUGGGCGUGGUUUUCUUGUUGGCCUUCUUCAGCUGGGAUGCAUGGUUCGCGAAGAAACCAUUCGUGCCUUACCGCAUGGUCAAAAACCGCACAGUGGCCGCUGCAUGUCUCCUCGGGGCAUUAGACUUCUUCCAUUACUCGGUGUUCAGUGUCUUCUUCACGAGUUAUCUUCAAGUAGCCGGGAACUUUUCGCCCGGUCCCGCAACCAGGAUUGAGUACAGCCUCCUAUCAUACCCUUUCAACUCCCUUCGUGUGGCCUUCCAGGUGGCCGGUAUUUUUGCCGCGUUCUUCAUGAAGUAUACCAAGCGCUCUCAGAUUUGGGUCUUAACAGGCGUUCCACUUUGCGUCCUCGGAAUGGGGGUCCUUCUUUACCUCGUUGACAUGGGAGAUGGUCGCAGUGGAAAUGAAGCCUCAUUCGUGGCGGCAAAAUCAUUGAUCGGUAUUGGUCGUGGUUUCUACCAAACGGCUGCACAGGUCUCAGUGCAGGCGACGGUAUCGAGACAGGAAGUCUCUGUUGUGACCGCGGUAUUCUUUGCUUCGAUGAGCGUGGGUGGUGCCAUCGGGACAAGCGUUGCUGGAGCAAUAUGGCGAAACACUCUUCCCAAAAAAUUGCAGCAGUACCUUCCUGAUGAAUUGAAGGGUCAGGCAAAAUCUAUCUUUGGGUCAAUUGUGACAGCUCGAAAGUACGCCAUGGGAACUGAGGCUCGUGAUGCGAUCAAUCGCAGUUACCGAGAGUCACAAAGGCUGCUUGCAAUUGCGGGUCUUGUAUCUCUUUCUUUGAUGCUUAUUGUGAUGUUGUUUUUGAAAAAUAUCAAGUUGGAUGAAGACGGAGGAGCCGAAACAACAGAGGGGGAGGGGGAUCAAUCCAAUGCUCCAGAAAAGAAACCUCAGAGCGGCCAUACCUAA